CGCCUCAUCAUCCCCCCCGCCAUCUUACUUACACUUACUCUUAUGUCUACUCAACCUCGUUUGUCCUCCACCAGAAUACUCCAUUUGUUCUUUCUUCGUUCCAAUAUAUAAUCGUCAAUCUCACUUUGCUAAUAAUCAACCCGUUCCUCCCGUGUACUUUGCUUCAGUGGUUGCCAAUAUGUCCGCCACCUCCUUGCCAGCAACUGUCCACAUAUCCCGGCAUCCAUGCGUGCAAGCAAAGCUUUCACAACUGAGAUCGACCAAAGCCGGUGCCCGUGAAACCAGGGCUUUGUUGCACGAGAUAUCAACCAUUAUAGCAGUCGAAGCCACGGCAGCUGGAUUGACUGUGAGAGAUGGACCCAUUGAGAAAACCACUCUUGGCUAUGAAUAUACCACCUCUACACUAGCUCCAGAGUCAAUAUCCCUAGUCCCAAUUCUGAGAUCAGGUCUUGGCAUGCUCGAUGCCAUCCAAACCGUCCUCCCAGAACCGGUUCCCGUUCACCACCUGGGGCUUUUCCGCGAGCCCACAACCCUCUCUCCCGUCGAGUACUACAACAAUCUGCCCUACCAUAUCCCAGGUGCUAGCUCUCCAUCAGCAGCUCCCGCUCGCAACUCAUCUGCCUCGAAACUCGCGAUCCUGCUUGACCCCGUCAUUGCCACAGGCGGUACAUGUGCAGCGGCCAUUCAAACGCUACGAGAAUGGGGUGUCGAGAAAGUGAUUGUGCUGGCCGUUUUAGGAGCCCUCCCGGGAGUGAUCCGAGCAGCAGCAGAAUGGCCUGAGGGAACAGAGAUCUGGCUUGCCGGAUUGGACAAUGAUGUUAAUGAGAAGGGGAUGAUAUGUCCAGGCUUUGGCGAUGUGGGCGAUAGGUUGUUCCUGACUAUUGGGAAGUAAACUAGGGUUGAGUGAGUGAGGUAUGAUAUUGGCGUUUAGAGGUACUGAACCUGCUAUGGACUGAGAAUAAGAGGGAUGGCACCUGUCUAGUCCUUGUCAUUACUCUAGUAGUGAUUAUUCCUCUAUAGGUUGCAUCCUGGAGGCUAAUUUCAACCAGACGGUGUGGCAAACGAAACCCUAACCUCUUGGUGCAUAUCUAUCUUCAUCCAAAAGUGUUCCUUCCCUCCAACUGUCCUCAACCCACUCUAGUG